AUGAAUCCCACUUCAGGAGCAUUGAGCCCACUCGCCCGGCCUAAUGGAACUGCCAACAGCACCAAAAACCUAGUGGUGACAGCGGAGAUGUGCUGCUACUGCUUUGAUGUACUCUACUGUCAUCUUUAUGGUUUCCCUCAGCCAAGACUUCCUCGAUUUACCAAUGACCCCUAGUGAGUAAAUCCAUGGGCAUGGGAGGGAAACUGAAAAUUCAUCAUCCAAAGUUCUUAUGUUGUAGGGCUAUUUGGAACACAGGUAAACUGUUAAGAAGGAAUCUGCAGUGCUGUUUUGAUGUUUGUAGGAUGACAUAAAAUUCAAAGUGAAACUGUUUUAAAUGGUGGAAGCAUAGGUAGAUUGAUCUAUAUUAGGCAAACAUUUAAAAUGGGCAUGCGCAUCCUACGGGGCGCAUAUUCAAGCACUGGAUCUUACAGGGCCUUUGACAUUGUAGCACUCUCAGUAACUAAAGAAGGUUAAGGGAUUGGGAGCAGGCCAAAGGAUAUAAUGCUCCUUCGCUUCUCCAAUGCAAAUUCCCCAGCCAAAGCAAGCCUUAUGGUAAAGGUUUAUCAUGACACCCAUCUUAUCCAUAGUUAAUGCUACUCCACAGUCGGUAUUAACCAGACUUGAGAUCAGAGGGGUCUGUUUUCCACCCUUAAAAGAACAGAGAAGGGUAGUGUUUUAUACUGAAGUCCGAUACCUUGUAGCUGUGUUAUAUAUACUUUACAAUAUCAAUAUCAAAUUCAAUAUCUUUCUUUGUUGCAAUGAGAAUCUUCACGUUUGCACAGCAUAAUUUGUAAGUGGCUCCAUUAUAACAUGACAUAUUCUUUAUUAUUGAGAAAAGUUGCAUUUGGUGUAAAGGUUAUAAUUGGGGAACUAGGAAGCAGGAAAACAGCUUUUAGAAGAGGUUUGAAGUGAAAUGGAAUGAGGAGGUAGCCUUGCUUAGUGUGGCGUAGGUUAUGCAGUGCAUGAUAUACCUUAUACUUAUUAAAUGGCAGCUCUUUAAGAAUAUUAUGAAGAAGAUUGGAAUUUGCUCCCCUAGAACGCCAUUCCAAUUUUUGCUCUAACUUGUUGUUUGAGUGAUGUGAAUAUUGUGAGUCUCCAACAGAAAAAAUAUGUGGCUGCCUGCUAGAGCCAAGGGUGAAGCAGAUAUUUCAAAAGUAGCAUGGCUGUUCCCGCAUUUGGAUCCCGUCCUUGAAAAGAUAACUCGUGUCUUCUUAGCACUUCUUAGCUUAGAUUGUGUUUUUCAAAUAUUUAGAUCAUUUGCCUCUAAUGCAGAUUUCACCGGAAUUUUGUUGAACCAUGACAUGAUUAUUUUUUUGGUAAAGAGUAUUUGCCCCACAUAGCUGUCUUUUAAAACAAAAACAAAAUUAUGCUUCCCAGCCAUAGGCCAGCCACCACUGGCUCUGCAUGAUCAGGGUUGGUCUUGACUCAUGGUCUGAAAUCUUCUAUUUUCCUAGGAAAAUGUAUUGAGAGAUAAAUGACUUUAAGGGAUCCAAAAUUCCCCCCCCCAAAAAAAAUCAGAAGCUUGAUAACUUGAUAUUUAAGCCAAUAUAUUUGCUGGGGAAAUAGUGAUUGAUCACUUUUCCUGCAUUAUUUUCUCUACAGAAAGAUUGGUCCAGUCUGGACAAUUAUAUAUUGGGUUAAUAAGCCAAGAUAUGCCCAAAAAUUUUACCCACGCAUGCAACUUGCCCUUUAUGGUGUACCUGAACACAAAGUGGAUAUCAUCAGUUAACCAUUUUUUCUCAUUUUGUCUGAACUGUAAAACUAUGAUUACCAAGUCAGGAACAAGCCAGAAAAUCAAACUGUUGUUGGCAGUUAGUUUAAGAUCUUGGCUUGUUCUGAACCUGGUUGUGGGAGUUCCCAGUUGGAAGAGAUGGACACUGUUGCUAAUUGAAGACUUGUACCUUGCAUUCAGAAACACCAAUGAAGGAAGUGGCUGCUUGCAUUGGUACCAGCUUUAUUCAUAUCUUGGUUUAUUAAGCCAAGAUAUGAUCAUCUGAAUACAGCUAAAAAUAGAAAUAUAUAUUUCUGAAGGUGAUCAUUGAAACCCAGCAUUAUCACAGUAACAUCACAUUAUAUGACAUCUGCAGGCAUAUCAGAAUGAGUGUCUUUGCCUGUGCUUUCUGUGGUACAAAUCUGGAUAAACUGGCUAGAAAAAUCACAUUAUCCUAAAUUCCUAUAAUCUGGAAGCUAGUGUUGAAAAAUGCUGAUUUCUUACAUCUUCCCCAUUCAGGAGCAGUAUCAAAAGUUUGCUGCACAUUCAUAGGAAUUUGAGUUUAAUUUUUAUAGCCGUACUGUAGUAGUAUGUUGAAAUUAUGGGGGGUGGGGGAGAGAGAGAAAGUCAGCGAGUAAAAGUCCAGAGUUUUUGAUUAGACUAAACAAGCAUUUUUUCAACCCUAGAAUUUGGAGUUAGUUUUUCUUGAGAGUGAGAAAUCUCGUGUUGUUUGAGCCAUCCCUUCAUCUUGGCUCCCCUGAUUUGCCCUCCCUUCUCUUCCAGAGAUUUGUGCCUGUGGAAUUAGCACAGGAACAGAAAGUGGAUGUGGUCAUUCUAUCUUUAGUAUUCACUUUUUUGUGUGUGCAGCCUAGCUGUACAUACUCAGACCCCUGUUGAGAGGGAAACAAAACUUUGGAAUAGUUUAUCAAAUAGCAACACAAGACCACAAAGGGGCAUCCUGAGGAAGUGGCAUCUUAAAGAUCAGAAGUUACCACCAGGUGGGUAACAAUGCUUCUUACCAGCUAAUCUGUGCUCUUAUCUGUAAAAGUUUGGAGCAGUUAACUCAAGAUCAAUCAAAAGGAUUACUAAAAUUUUCACACCCUCUCCCCAGAACUGUCCAGUGUACAGUUUUCUGAUAACAACAUGCUUGGAACCAAAGUGACCAUCCAUCCAUGACCCUUAUGGUGCUUUUAGAGCCUCUUUGAAGUGGAUUAGUCACUUCUAGACUGCUGAUCAAUGGAACCUGAUCUGAUCUCGUCUAUCCAGAAAUUAGUAUGUACCAGCUGUGCACUCUGUCACUUCUUUUGUUUUUCCUGUAGUUUUGAUGUGUGUAAUAUAUCAAGAAGGCUGACUGAAUGCUGGGCUAAUCAUCUCCCCGGUAGUGGGAAUCUGAAUACAGCAGCCAAGUUAAACAGUCUGCCCAAGGACAUGCCAGCAGAGAGUGAUAUGCUUCUGCUGUGUCAGACUGUGUGUGUUGUUUUCUGCUUUAAAGGCCAAAGACUCUUAACGCAGAAUGCCUUCCCCAACCUAGUGACCUCCAGAUGUUUUGAGCUACAACUCCCAUCAUCCCUUACCAUUGAUCAUGCAGGCUGGGGCUGAUAGAAAUCCUGGAAGGCACCAAGUUGGUGAAGGCUAGCUGAUAAACUCAUGUGCAGUGUGAUACUGAACUGGCAACCCUGAUUGCCUCUCUUAUUUGUGUACAUAAGGCUGUACAGAGUCAACUACAUAGAGUUCGACUUCUCCCUCUAAGAUGAAAAAGCAGGCAUCACGUGGAGGGAGAUAGCACUACAUAUUUCAGCUUUCUUCAGCUUGGUGUCCUCUAGAUAUGUUGGAUUAAAACUCCCAUUAUCCUUACAAUCGGGCAUGCUAGCAGUGACUGAUGGGAAAUAUACCCCAGCAACACCAGAAGGGCACUGGGUUUGGGAAGGCUUGGUUUAUUGCUCAGGUGCUCUCCUGGGGAACAUUGCUGGUUGCAAGAGGUUUCAUUUUAGUCACAAAUAUUUAGAACUUGAAAUAACCUCCUGAAUAUUUGUGACCUAGGAGAAGCUUGUCUUUUCAGCACUUGAUAAAGCUGUACUGUACUGGAAUUUGCAUUCCUUUAAUACAUCUCUCUAUUCUUCCAACCUAAAUAACCGGAUGAUGCCUCCUAGAUGGUAGUACCUGUAAUGAUUUACUGGUACUUGGGUCCAGGAGAAUCCUACACAUUUAAAUAAAACAUUUUACCAAUUGUGUCAUUAUUUUAAUACUUGACCUGUUCCCUGUGUGGCUUUGUUUUUUGCAUUAAAAAACAAGUGUUGAUUCAAUUUGUUUGAUGAAGGGUCAUGGAUCCAGUUUCAGAUUUCUAAGUAUAGGCGUGGCAGAUUUGUUGGUAUGAACAAUACCUGAACUUACAGUAGUAUAAUUUAUUAGGCCAGCCGAAAUAUCCCAAAGCUAGUGUUCAAGCUUUCAGGUUCACCAGAUCUCUUUUUCAGGCUGGAUAUUAAGUCAAAAGGGAUGGGGGAAGAUGUUGAUGAUUGUGAUGAGAGAGCUCAUGUCUGCAACUGAACAUUUAAGAUGGAAUAGAGAAGAUCCUAAAUAAACUUACCGAGGAGUACUUAGCGGGGGCUUACUCCUCAUGAAAUCAGUUAGUGUUUUGAGAUUUUAUUUAUUAUUUAAUUUUCCACAGUGCUUUUAUUGUUGCAAGUGCAUCUCUGUCACUGGAGGAGCCAAAACUGGAUGGUGGAAUGGGAGGAUAGGAGUGGUGUCAAAUUCUAAACACCCCCUGUGUCUACUAUAGGUACAUUAGCCUGGCAUCCUGCGUUGCAGGGGCUUGGCCUAGAUGACCCUGGAGGUGCCUUCCAACUCUACAAUUCCAUGAUUACACCAACAAAAGAGGUGCAAGUCAUAACUCAGUUAACCCAUUAAGCUCAAUGGAGACCAAGAAACUGCCCUACUCUGCCCUGGCAUAGUAUAGGAUUCAAACUAAGUUUGCAUUUAGUCACAGCACAUCCCUACCAACAUCUAACACCCAAACAUAACUCAGAUGAUAGCAUUUGCUGCAUGGAUCUGUACAGCUUUGGUUCCCGCAUUAAGGGGGAACUUUGGUUAUGGGAACUAUGUAGAAAAAGCACCUGACAUAAAAGAAAGGGAGCACUUGUCACGAACAUCUUGGACUCAGAACACAUUGCCGAUACUUGUUGUCUUAGAACCCAUACAGGUAUAUCGCCUCAGGACACAAGCAGCCAACAGCACCUCUCAUCUGUAGCCAAGGAUGCAAGAACAAAGCACCUUGAAGAGGUAAGCAAGGGGAAAGGGGAAUCUUUUCAAAGUGUAACUAGUGCAACCUUGCUAUAUCUUGGCUAACCUAUAUUGGUGGAAGGAUCCUUUUUCUCGUCAUACCUAGAAACACCUUUACAAAGAAGCACAAGGCUAAACAUGCAGAAAGGGGUGCCCUGGUGGCCAUGAAUAUGCAAGGAAACACUAUUAAUGAAGGACAGACCCUAACCAUUAACACAUGCUCAUGAUUCUUUUUGUCAUACAGGAUCGUGACAGCCUGGACACAUGGAACAGGACAAAUGCAGUACCCAGAGUUCUGUUGUAACUCCCUAAAAGAGAGGUAGGUAUUGUCUCAGUUUGCACACUUUCUCACUCAACAGAGGGAGGGAGGUUAAGGCUGAGGGUAUUGGAUGAGCACCUAGGUGACAGCACUCACUCAAAUAGCCUCUUCACAAACACCUAUUACACAUAUAGCUCCAGAGACUAUGCUGACUAUUACUUUAGUGCUCUCCGUUUGUCUCUUCGAUUUUCCAGGUGCAGAGAACAGGACACAUUCCACCCCCAGUGCCAUGCAGAUCUCAAGUGAAGCCUAAAGCAAGACCAGCAGUUACGACUAUUGUGAUUCUAGCCAUAUAUAUCAAUCCAGCUACCUUGUAGAAAAGUGAGAUUCUGUAAAUUGAAAUAUCUGAUACUGUGCAAUAAAAGUUUUCAUUUGCAGCAACAGGUGUCUUUGUUUUUUGUCAGUGUGGAUGGCACUAAUCCCAUCCGCCAGUUCUCACUGGUCUCAAGAUGGGAACUCUGACCUGGAAAGGGUUGGCUUAUUAUUAGAGCUCAGGGUCUAUAAUGGCUCCAAUGCUCAAAUGAAGGUAGUGGGUAGGCUCCUCAGAGUUUGCAAAUGGCCUGAUUAGUACAGUAAGUGAAGCAGUCAGUUGGCACUGAGGGCAAAAUACAUGAUGAGGUCUGGUACAAUAAACAGCAGCUAGCUAAUUAUGCCGAUCAAUUCAGCAUUUUCCCUGAUUGGAUGACACAGCACUUACUCAGGUGUGCCAGUCUGAACAUCUCCCAACAGUGACUGCUGAGAGGCUAUAUUAGUGGCUUGAAUCUGGAACUCCUUGCAUACUUUAGUAGAGCAUUGGAGUUGCAGGCAGAAGGUUCUUGGGAUCUCCAGGUAGAGCUGGGGAAGACUCCCUGCCUGAAAUCCUAAAGAGCUGUUGCCAGCCAUUAAAGACUGUAAUGAACUUGGCAGUUCAAUGGUCUGACAUGUUAUAAGAUAGCUUCCUGUGUUCCUUCAGCUGUUCCGCAGGGUAUGGGUUCCUUAUGUAGUCCAUAUGCUCCUGAUAUAAAUGGAUUCUAAUUCUGUCUAUUCCUCGCUCUUGCAUCUGACAUGACUGAGAAAGGCCAGGCAUAUUGACUACUCCAGUAUGAACAGUCCAUCAGCUUUGCUUAGCCCAUACACAAAGCACUUCCAUUUCAUCUUAAAUCUGUUUAAACUGGACAAGCUUUUUCAUCUUGCUUUCUUUCUCUCACACACAUGCACACACUCUUUAGUUGUUAUUUGCUUAAUAUCCAUCCUGGAGAAAACAUCUGGUGAACUAAAAAACUGGCUUGGUACUUGGUUGUCUCUCAGUUGUUUCUCACAAAUAUAUUACACUCUUGUUGAAUUUGGUUCUUUCAACAUAAACAUGUUUUUGUCUGCAUUGUACGCUAGGUAUUUUUUUAAAAAAAGGAAUAGUAUAAUUGAAAUGUAUUUUUUAAGAUAAAAAAAUAUUUUGAUUACAUUUCUGUACACACUGAGUGGGAUUUUGUUCUAUUAAAUUGUUAGUGGGAUGUAACAUGGCAUUUCCCUGCUAAUUUUUUAAUUCUAGAAAUAUCCAGAUUUUUAUCCAUUCUGCACCCUAUUAAUUUUUUGGGCAUAUCACAAUUCUUGCAACUUGUUCAGAUUCAACUACAAAGCUGAAUCUGCUCAAGAGAUUUGCAAGUUCAUUUGGAAAACCAGGUCUGAUCUUUGGAUCCAUUUCUCUUAUCUGGUGCACACAUAACACUCAGGUAUAGUUUGUUUAAUGAACCACAAGUCUCAUAGGUCAAACAAAUCAUGACUAGCUUCUCCAAAGUUUGGUGUCGUCCCCCCCAGCUGCUCUUUCUGUCAUGCCUUUGUAGCCUGGUGAGGAUUUGUGGUGCGGUGAUUUAGGAGGGGUGCUGGGUUCACGCACAUCACCAAGCCAUAGUUAAUACAAAUCAAGUUUUAGAAGCCAAUAAAAAAAUACAGCUUUAAAUCAUUGUUGGCAGUAAACAAACCAUGGUUAAGCUGCUAGCCAGGGUUCACACAUAAUGCUAGGUUAUGGUUUAAUAGACCAUGGUUUAGCAUUACGUGCAAACCAGCCUACUGAAAAUUUAUCAAAUGCCUUAGUAGCCCAAAGCCAAAAAAAUCAUUUUCCCCAGCCACAGUCCCAAUCCUGAUAUGCCAAUCACAGUUCUCAUCUGGGGCAAAUAACAGCUGUGGAGAGGGGUGAUUGGAUUGGGACCAUAUCAGGGGAAGUGUAUACUUAUAAUUGAAUCAGAAAAAAAUGGAUGUAUUUUUUUUAGUUUUAUUCUGAUUUGUUCUUUCAUUGUGGCCCAUCAUAUAUUCUUUUAGCCUCCAUAUGAGAUGCCACUUGAAACCCUGCUUAUACUGCUUUAUAAGUUCUACUCAGUGGUUUGUGGCUGGAGCAGUAACUGAGUUAGGCAUUCUCAGUACUAGAGUUGCAGUUUGCUCUCUAAUGUCAUCCUGCACACUGCCUGCAUGUGACUUAAGUACUUUCAGAAUUGAGGCAGGGAAUACUGUGGUCUUUUAGCAUAAGCUUUAUAUGCAAAAUAAGGAACGUUAUUGGUACGGUGGUUAGCACUUGAGGUUAGAAAAUGUUACCUCCAAUUUUGUAUGCAUUGGGGAAAGAGAGAUAUGAAAAUGCUAGAAGAGAUUUGAAGGUGUACCUAUCUAUCUACCUGCAACCCAGGAUAACACUUCAUGUAUCUGAUAGUGGACUGUAGUCUGUGAACGUUUAUGACAUAAUAUAUUUGUUAGUCUUUAAGGUGCCACAAGAUUAUUUCUUGAAUUAUCCUCGUUGAGAUAACGUGGGGGCUGCAUCCCAACAUUUGUGACUUAAUUAUUUACUGUAUUUUUACUGGUGGGAUCUGUAUCUAUUCAGAGCAACCUUUAUUAAGCUAAAAUACAAAAUACUCAAAUAAAACAGCAGAGGGCAUAGCUCUCAAAAAGUACUGCCUUUGGAAAGAAGACAAAGAUAAGAAAACUGAACAUUUCAGAGUUCAAGGGUGACUACAGUAAAGGCCUUGUCCUAAAAGCAGAUUUGUCCCAAGACUACUAGAAACCAGAUCAAAAUGAAUCCAGAUAAUCAGCUUCAUCCAGGAGUCACAAGAGUUAUCUAUCCCCUACGCAACCAUGUUCCCCCAAAAAACAAAUUUGAGACAUAUGCUAGUUGUGUAAGAAUAAAAAAAAAUGUUUAUUAUGGAGAGGCCUCACAGCCACCUUCAGUGUAGCUAAGAAGCUCUUCCACAUUUGUGGACAACGAUUAAUUUGUAAUAAAAUUAAGUGUGAAGGGUUUGGGUGGUUUAACCUGGAAAAGAGAUUAUUAAGAGGUAAUAUUAAAAUAUUUGAAAGGUUAUCGCAUAGAAGGUGCAGCAAAUUUAUUCUUUUGCCGCUUCAGAGUGUAGGACCUGAACAAAUAACUUCCUAUCGGCUUGAGCUGUUUUCUCAGAGGCUGGAUGGCCACCUAUCAGGAAUGCUGUAGUAGUGAAUUAUUUGAAGAUGGAGUUUUUGUGUUAUGCAUUUUCAGUCCACUCUUUGUGACAUGGAAGACAGGGCGAGACAAGCGACUUCGGGGCUGCAUCGGAACUUUCUCUGCCAUGAAUCUUCACUCAGGACUCAGGGAAUACACAUUAACCAGGUAAAGACAUCAUCCAUACUGCCUCACUUCUGAUGGGAAACCAGGCACAGUGGGCAGCAAUGUUGUGAUUUCCUAUGUCUUGUCUGAGGCAUCAUGUAUAUCCUGCUGUUCAGGCAGAUGUUCUCCACCAGAAUUUUCUGCUACCCAAAAUUAGAAUUGAGGAGUCACUGUUGUAGCUGACUGCAUAUUGUACUAUGGCUUCCAGUUAAACGGUACACUGCAUUCUUUUGUUUGGGGCUGAAAAACCAUCUUCAAAGCAUGGUAUGUAAAGUAGCAGUUUUGGAUGCAAGCAUGUUCUAGCAGUACUUUGAUUAGCAGUGCACUGGAUUCCUAUAACCUACAGGCACAAUGUAAGUUAGUGGUUUAUUUAUUGUUUUUACCCAUGAUGGGGGUUUCAAGGGUGCACACCCACUUUGCAAAAGCACCCCUCCCCCAGGGGGAAUAUGGUUGGAAGAAGACAUAAGGCUGCAAAGCAGAACCGAAUGGCAGGCAGCAGCCCUGCUGCUGAGAUAGGCAGCCACGUCACUAGGUGGCCAGUUCGCUUGAGCCAGAAGGAAGCCUCAUUGUGAUCAAUAGCCUGCAUAAGGUUAACGGCAUGCUCGUUACUAAGGCAAGGUAUUUUCUACUAGCAUCAAAUCCAGUUUGUCUGGGUUCUUGGCAGAAUAUGAGUGUUUUGGGGAAGCAUUUCAAUCUCUUCCCAUUUCAUCAUUGUAAUAGUCAUAGACAGAAAUCUUAGUGCAUGGCUCUACCUUUGGUUUAUCUGGUGUUCCAUUCUGUAUUUUAUUUAAUUCUCCAUGUAAUGUGCUUAAACCUGUUCUGACCUAAAGUGAUGUCCCUUGUCCUGGGAUGAAAUGAGGCUGCAAAUGUAAGAAAAUGCUUGAUUUAAACCUUAUGGUGCUUGUUUUUGGUUGUGUGUGUGUGUUCUGUUCCCCUUCUAUAGUGCACUUAAGGACAGCAGGUUUCCACCCCUGACUCGUGAGGAGCUGCCUAAACUUUUCUGCUCUGUCUCCCUCCUCACUAAUUUUGAGGAUGCCACUGACUACUUGGAUUGGGAGGUGAGAACAGGUGCAUUUGGAUCUCUGCAUCACUGUCUCAUACCAUUUGGGUUCGGGUUAGUAUAUGGUAAUGUGUCUGUUUUAUUAUCAGGGUAGAUUGUGGUUAUAUAGCUAGAAAAAUGAGGUUGGAAAGAUGGAAGACUGACAAAGAAUGCAAAAGUGGAAUAAUAUAUCAAUAUUACUUCAGUUCAGCGUAUGAGAAGGGAAGAUAAUUAUUAGACUAACGUUGCAGUCCUAAUUCCACUUAACUGAAUUCAACAGAAGUCCCAUCAAAGUUCCUGACAUGAUUAGGAUUGUACUGUUCAGGGUCAUCCUGUGCACAUUUAUAUGAAAGUAAAUUUCAUUAAACGCUUUGGGACUUGCUUCUGUGUAACAAGCAUAAGACCAUACUGUUAUAGUGGCAUAUGGGGUGAAGGACAUAUAUUUUACAUUUUGAAAUAGUGGGGCUUGCUGAAACUAAUUAAUUUGGUCUGCCUUGGAGAAAUUGCCUCUGGGGCCAAAAGAGAUGGCAGUACACAAUAGAGUUGUCCUAGGAAAUGACAUGAUAUCCCAGAUGCAAGAAAUGGAAGCAAGGUGGAGGCCUUUAUCCUGACAAGGUUGGACUGCUGGUAGGAUGCAUGGCAGCUGGAAAAUGUUUUGUACAUUGUUACAGGAACUACAUCUCAGUUGACGUUUAUGUUUCCAUUGCUAGGUGGGAAUCCAUGGAAUCAGAAUUGAGUUCAUCAAUGAGAAAGGUGUCAAACGCACAGCAACAUAUUUACCUGAGGUUGCUAAGGAACAAGGUGAGUUUGAAACAAUCUACACUGAAGGAAAGUGGUCUAAAUAUCAGGAUUUGGAUUGUGGAUUUUGGCUUAUACAGCAGCUGUGGAGAUCACCUAAAGCCAUUAAUUAUCUAUGGCUGAAUUAUUUUAAAAAUCUGCCCUUUAAAAUGCUCAAAAGGUACAGUGCUAGUUAUUCAUUCAAUGGCACAUGUUUUUCCCCCUAAGACCAACCAUGUCUUAAAAGCAAUUGUCUUUAUUACUGCUAAGACUUUGGUGUUCUUCCUCCCAUCCCCUUGCCAUAAAGAAUGCCUGGCUUAGUUUACUGUUGAAUCAGGUUUUGCCCUUCCGAGUUUUUUUUCAACAUUGUGUGUGGGUUUCCUCUUCAGCUUCACCUGAUCACACAAGCACAACGUCAGAUGACCCUUCUAUCCUCCCUCAGCACUAAGUUUUGUGCUGCAAACAUGGACAACAGUUGAAGAAUGAGCAGUUGCCACCACUGUAAUUGUUCAAAACAUUUCUUCCACCAUUCAGAGGAUCACAUCUCCUCCUGGAAUUGAGUCAAAAGACCAAAGUGUAAUUCAUUAAAUCAGGUCUCCGCACUGCACCAUUACUGGAGAGUAGUGGAUUUAUACUGUGUUUGAUGUGCAGCUGUGUCUUACUUUGAAAAUGUGACUAACUUGAUUGCUAUAUAUGACUAAAAUAGGAUAAUUGGAAAUGUCAUAUGACUUUGUUGACUAAAUUGUUGUUUUCAGUUGGAACUGAAUUUGUUGGAACAGUUGGAACAGUAAUUUGAACUUGCUUAUCUUUCUUUUGAGAGCCUAUCCCUUUUUCUUGAAAUGAGCCUGUAUUUAGUUCACUGCUGCUUGCUUUUUUUUUUAACAGAUUGGGAUCAGAUUCAGACAAUAGACUCCUUGCUCAGGAAAGGUGGUUUUAAGGCUCCAAUUACCAAUGAUUUUAGGAAAACUAUUAAACUCACCAGGUAAAUGACAUAUUUUACUUUUUGGUAGUUGUCAGCAACUAAAGUCAUUACUACUUUCAUUGCUGAUGGUAAGUUUUAAGAUUGCUCUUUGUGCUCCAGAUCCUGCAGUUUUCUGAAUUUCCUCACUGCCCCCAACAGUGGUGCCUAAACCUUGUUGUUUUGUUCAGUCAUUGUAUUUAAAUUGUUGCUUUUAAUUUUCACAAUAACAAAUACUGGCUGCCAGAGCCAACUUUGGUUUUGCCUGGGCAAUGUGCACACCCACCCACCCACACACCCACACACCCAGGUUACUGGGCUGGCUGGGACACACUCCUCCCCACUGCUGGCAGUGGUGGCUGCUUUCUUUUUCUCUGCCAUCAGUUACCAUUUCCUCCUUUGUAUGCUUUCUUUUUGGGCCCACUGGUGUGAUGGUUAGGCAGCAAGACGAGAUGCAGCAUCCACUUCCAGCUCCUUAUGCCUGGAGGGAGAGAGUAAGGAAGCAAAUGGAAGCCACUCCUGCUUCUCACCUCUGCUACCAGCAGAUUUAGGCAAAUAGGAAGACAAAGCAAGCACAGAGGAAAGGAGUGAGUGAGGGAUCUGGCAGUGAAGAGAAGGACCUGCCAUCACUCUGCAGCCAUUUAGAAGGGCUCCAGUCGGCAAUGACUACUGAGCCCCUGUGGAUUGUGGGCCUCAUCCGUAUUAAGCUGGAAUUGAAAUAAAUAAUUUGAAAGGUUAAACAAUUUUUGUUGCUACAACAGAAUUCCGAAUACAGCUUUUGGUGAUUUGCUGACUUUGUUUCGUUGACAAAUGUAUUUUUUUUUUAAAGAUGCUUUUUUCUUUCAGAUACCGCAGUGAGAAGGUGACAAUCAGUUAUGCAGAAUACAUGGCUUCUCGUCAGCAUUGUUUUCAGAAUGGCACUCUUCAUGCCCCGCCCCUCUACAAUCAUUACUCCUGA